UGUGCCCCACCCCCUGCUCCUAUAUAACCCACUCUGCAUUUAGCAAUACCUGCUUCCACCCAGCCGGGGCUGCGAGCGCCGGGGYUGCCGAUGGAUGCUGCGGCCAGCAGCGCCCUUGGGUGGCUCUGCGCAGGUGUCACCGCCCUUUUUGGGGUCACAGCGCUUUGCAGGGCCAGCAAGAGCCUUCUGGGCAUAGCCAAAGGGCUGCUCUGGAGCCUCCUGGCCGCCCUGCUGGGGUURCUGUGUGUGCCCGGGCUGGGGGCUGCCGGGGGGCUGGGGGUGUUUGUGCUCGGGUCCCUGGUGUGCUGUGCCUUCCUGGGGGACAGGAACCUGCUGCCCGUGGGGGACAGAGCCGUGCUCAUCACAGGGAGCGACACUGGGAUUGGGCACGCRCUGGCCAAGCACCUGGACAGCCUGGGCUUUGUGGUGUUUGCUGGGGUUCUGGACAAGGACGGUCCUGGGGCUCAGGAGCUGCGGCAGAGCUGCUCCCCCCGGCUCUGUGUGCUGCAGUUGGACAUCACCAGCACCACUCAGGUCAAGGAGGCYUAUCUGACCAUCUCAGAGCAGCUGCAAAAUGCAGGGCUCUGGGGGCUGGUGAACAACGCAGGAAUCCUGGGCUUCCCUGCGGAUGGAGAGCUGCUGCCCAUGAGCACCUACAGGCACUGCAUGGAGGUGAAUUUCUUCGGGGCUGUGCAGGUGUCCAAGACUUUCCUGCCGCUGCUGCGGAAAUCGCAGGGGAGGCUGGUGAACAUGUCCAGCAUGGCAGGAGGCAUUCCACUGCCGAGGUACGCUGCGUACGGGGCAUCCAAAGCAGCUCUCUCCAUGUUUUCCGGAGUAAUGAGGCAAGAGCUUUCCARAUGGGGAAUUAAAGUGGCAGCAAUUCAUCCAUCAGGCUUCAGAACAGGUAUCCAGGGCACAGCUGAGCAGUGGGACGAGCAGGAGCAGGAGCUGCUGGCGAGCCUGGCGGUGGAAACACGGAGCGCCUACGGGGAGGAAUAUCUGCUGGGGCUGAGGAGUUACCUGGUGCAGCUGCCAUCCCAUUGUGCCCCCGACCUGUCCCCUGUGCUGGCUGCUGUCCUGCAUGCUCUGCUGGCCACCAGACCCCAUGGCCUCUACACCCCGGGCAAGGGCGCCUACAUCCCCCUCUUCAUCUUCUGCUGCUUCCCCCUCUGGUUCUACGAUUUCUUCAUCAGCAAGGUGCUGGGUGCUGGGUCUGCUCCAGGGGAGCUGAGGAUGGCAGGAGGUGAAAAUCAGAAGCUCUGAGGUGUCCACUGGUGUUUGUCUUGCUGGAGAGGCAGCUCUGAGGACUCUUUAAGACACUGCUGUGCUGUCCUGGUUAAGUUGUGUUGUGACACCGCCUUGCAAAGAAGGAAAUCUUUAUUUGUGUUAAGAGUUAUGCUSGGGAACAGUGGAUAAAUGUAAAUAGAGAGCUAGUCCCAGAUGGGGCGUUUUYRGAGGAAUUUCAGUGUUUUCCUGAURCCUUUGUAUCCUGUGUAAGGUACCUCAUGAAAUUAUAUAGUUGCURUCUGCUUCAAAAGGCACCAACACACAGAGAGAUGCAUAACAUGUUUUUUUUUUUUUUUAAAGCAAAACAAAAACCCCCAGAGAGUCAACAGCCUUCUAAAUCUUACAAGAAUUUACAUAUUCCUAUUGUUGAAGAGACUUAGAACUGUGUAAAGCAAGUAUUUUAUUCUGCACCU